UACACGUUUCCGCCCUUUGCAAUAAGGAAAUACAUAGUUUACUUUCAUUUUUGAGUCUGAGGCUCUUUUCAACGCUGUAGAAAAGGACAGAGGCUGUUCCCUAUGGCAGAAGGCAACCACAGAAAAAAGCCACUUAAGAUGUUGGAAUCCCUGGGCAAAGAUUUCCUCACUGGUGUUUUGGAUAACUUGGUGGAACAAAAUGUGCUGAACUGGAAGGAAGAGGAAAAAAAAAAAUAUUAUGAUGCUAAAACUGAAGACAAAGUUCGGGUCAUGGCAGACUCUAUCCAAGAGAAGCAACGUAUGGCAGGACAAAUGCUUCUUCAAACCUUUUUUAACAUAGACCAAAUAUCCCCCAAUAAAAAAGCUCAUCCGAAUAUGGAGGCUGGACCACCUGAGUCAGGAGAAUCUACUGAUGCCCUCAAGCUUUGCCCUCAUGAAGAAUUCCUGAGACUAUGUAAAGAAAGAGCUGAAGAGAUCUAUCCAAUAAAGGAGAGAAACGACCGCACACGCCUGGCUCUCAUCAUAUGCAAUACAGAGUUUGACCAUCUGCCUCCGAGGAAUGGAGCUGACUUUGACAUCACAGGGAUGAAGGAGCUACUUGAGGGUCUGGACUAUAGUGUAGAUGUAGAAGAGAAUCUGACAGCCAGGGAUAUGGAGUCAGCACUGAGGGCAUUUGCUGCCAGACCAGAGCACAAGUCCUCCGACAGCACGUUCUUGGUACUCAUGUCUCAUGGCAUCCUGGAGGGAAUCUGCGGAACUGUGCAUGAUGAGAAAAAACCAGAUGUGCUGCUUUAUGACACCAUCUUCCAGAUAUUCAACAACCGCAACUGCCUCAGUCUAAAGGACAAACCCAAGAUCAUCAUUGUCCAGGCCUGCAGAGGUGCAAACCGUGGGGAACUGUGGGUCAGAGACUCUCCAGCAUCCUUGGAAGUGGCCUCUUCACAGUCACCUGAGAACCUGGAGGAAGAUGCUGUUUACAAGACCCACGUGGAGAAGGACUUCAUUGCUUUCUGCUCUUCAACGCCACAUAACGUGUCCUGGAGAGACAGCACAAUGGGCUCUAUCUUCAUCACACAACUCAUCGCAUGCUUCCAGAAAUAUUCUUGGUGCUGCCACCUAGAGGAAGUAUUUCGGAAGGUACAGCAAUCAUUUGAAACUCCAAGGGCUAAAGCCCAAAUGCCCACCAUAGAACGACUGUCCAUGACAAGAUAUUUCUACCUCUUUCCUGGCAAUUGAAACUGGAAGCCACAAGCAGCCCAGCCCCCCUUUAUCAACUUCAAGGAGCACCUUCAUUAGUACAGCUUGCAUAUUUAACAUUUUGUAUUUCAGUAAAAGUGAAGAAAAACGAACUGUGUCUUUUUCUAAUAGAGAAUAUAAUCUCAAUGAAAAUGGUGGGUGAGUGGAAAUGAAGUGGAGGAAGCUAACUGGAUUUUCGAGCUUUAUGGCUCAUGAAAUAUCUAUACUUGGCUGAUGAAGAAAACUGACUGUGACUUAUCCCCAACAAUAGGAUGAAAGAAGAUGUUGCCGAAAACUAUAGUGAGAUACUGCCUCAUACCCAUUUGAAUGACUCCCAUCAAAAAAAACCCCAACAAACAGAAAAUAAAAAGGGUUUGCAGGGAUGUAGAAUAA